AUGUCUACGUCUACCGUGAUGGAGACCGAGUCGACGGCAUCCGGCCAAAGCCGCCGGAGGAAGAAUAUGCUGCCGCCGGUCAAGGUGGCGUGCACGUCUUGCCGUGCGUCUCGAACACGAUGCGAUGCCAAGGUUCCCUGUAACAAUUGUGUGGUCCGGGGCAAAGAAUGUCGCUAUGUCAAGAGCAAUCGUGGCGGACCCCGUGUGUCGCGCAAAAAAGCCAUCAUGGCGGUCGAGAGGCAGAAGCGGGCUGAGGAACCAGCACCCCCUCCGAUCCCAGAAACUAUGCCAACUAUCCCAGACAUUCACAUUGACUGGGACGCCCUGAUCCUGUCGUCGGAAGAGAUCCACAACGACCUCAUUGCGACCAUGAUCUCCCCCGGAGCGGGGUUGAUUGACGUCGGGGACGGGGACCAGGACGACAGCGACCAGAUCUUCGACAAUAUUUUCAUGCCCGCCUCCUCCGACGGAGAUGAGACAAUGGACUCCAUGGACGACGAUUCACAGGGCAAACCCUACGUGCCUAUCACUCGGAGCUAUCGAGACAACGAAGCCAUUCUCAACGCCUACUACAUCUUCAUCCACCCGUACUUCCCCAUCCUGCCACCGCCAGUCACCCCCCUGCAGCUUGACGACCCAAUGAUCGAAUCCAAGUUCUUCGAACCAGCGUCUCCUUUGGUGAUGGCGUUGAUGGCGAUUCUUGUCCUGAUCCCACAUCCGGAAGACGAGUUCCCGGACAGCGAUGAGUCUGUCUGUCUGCGAAGGCAGCGGGCGCACUCAUUCUCCCAGAUGGCCAUGGAGAGUAUUGAGAUCGAGACCGAGCUGCUCGAGUCCACCAUCAACCCGUCCGAGGCUCUCGAUCAUCGACGACCAUCGGUCGAACGCGAAAAGCUCCAUCCAUACGUCCUACCAGAGCUGGAAGGUGUGCUGGCACACGUGCUGCUGAGUAUCUAUGAAUACGCCCAGCGCGGGAAUCUGGCCAAGAUGAGAAAUCGAGCCAGCCAAGCCUAUGACGCUGCCAUCAGACUCUGCCUGCACGACAUUUCUGAUCUUGUUCUGGAUGAAUACACGGAAGCACGCCGUCGCGCCUGGUGGAUGACGUAUAUCGUCGUUCUACAGUCUUCUAUUGUUAGCAGCACGCCUCCCAUCAUCUCCAUAGACUUCCAUCAAUUCAGGACUCCGCUGCCAACAUCGUCGGCGGAUCCUGACGCGUGGUUGUUCUUCAUCGAAGCCCAGCAGUGUAUCCUCAGGUGUACCCAGUACACUGUCGCGCUGAAGAAGGCCCUCGACGGCGGCCUUGGCGACAGCGCUUUGGAGCAGAGGAAAGCCAUGCUGGAGAGCGACCUUGAUUCAGUCCUCCUGAAAUAUGCGUCCUCCCCGACCGAAACGCCUGCCCUGUCGCUCACAGAUGCUGAGGAGCACUCUCUCGCCAAAUCACUGCGACUGCAGGCGGUGAUCAAGCUCAACAGCGCGAGGAUUAAACUCCACCGAUACCGCGCGUUUCAAGACGUCCCAAUCUUUACCCGUCGGCACUGCGAUCUGGACCAGGCGGAUGUGUCGUCUCCGCGCCCACUCGGAUGUUCCUGUCACGCCAUGCUGCCGUCUGCAUUCUCCAACACUUCGCCCAACGGCUUCCAGUCUGGCGGGUUCCCCGGGCUCUGGCCGCAAUCCCCACAUGGGUCCUCUAUGGAUGCAUCCAGCGACCAGAGUGACGGCCUCCCCAAGGGCGUGUCGAUUACUGACCUGCCCGCCGCAAAGACCUGUCUCAAAGCCGCCCUGGCCAUCGGCCGGGCGUUCGAGUCUUUGCCCUACCCCAACCCCAUGCAGUCGCCCAUCCCGAUGUUUUCUCCCCCAACGCUGUCGAUAAUAUCCUCGACUCCGGCGCCCCGAACCAUGCCGUCAUUUGCCUGCUGCGCCAUGCAAAGCUGCUACACCCUGCUCACGCUAUGCUACAAGAGCAUGGAGAUGCAAUGCGUCAACCAACGGAGUUCGGCCGCCGACAAGGGCAUUGAGGACUUGUAUGCCGGGGUCAGCCGAGUGCUGAAGGCGUUGCAAAAUUAUGCCGUUGCGUUCGAGGCGCUGAACGGCAUGGUCCAGCAGGUGGAGGAAGCCCUGGAGGCGCUGAAGCAUGUCCGCCAGCAUAGUAACUAA